GCCUCUCUCCGCGUAAUGUCAGAUCCGCUGCAGAAGCGCGGGGGAGCCUGCAAGGCAGGAGGAGGCGCCGUCCGGCUGGGGCUCCCCAAAACUCUGCUGCCGAGGAGGAGGUGAGCUAAAGUCUGCCGGCUUUCCAGGCUGGAGAAGCGCGUUGCGGAACAAAGGACACCGCAAAGGAGAGAAAGGGAAUCCCUGCUUGCAGCAAGCCCAGAGCGUCGCGCUUGGACCCGGACCAGCGAGCGCCGCUUGCGAAUGAAGACAUUUAGCCCGAGGAGACAGAGGAAAUCCUAGACGAGGGAGAUUAAAAAAAAACACACACCACACACUAAAAAAAAAAAAAAAAUUCCCGCGAUCCAUCAUUUCACAUCGCUGCCAGGGGGGGAAAAGAAGGAAAAAGCAAAGCAAGAAAUCCACUCCAAGACGGGACCUAAUUUUUUAUAUAUAUUUAGCCAAUAAGAACUGAAGGUUAUUGUGGGCGCAAGUGGCCUUCUGCAGCACCAGCAGCAGCGUGUCUGCGUGAGUGGGCGGAGGUAAGGGGUGGUGGUGGUGGUGGUAGUGGCGGCGGUGGUGGUGGUGGUGUUUCCUCUCCUUUUCAGCGUGGGAUUAAAUGGCCAUGACUGUGAAGCUUUGAUGACUCCGGGAGAGGCAGCUCGCCUGCUGCAAUGCCGCCAACAACAGCAGCAGCAGCAGCAGCAGCAGCCACGGCUGUGGUGAAAGGAGGCGUUUGAGCAGCGGCAGAAGCGAAGGCUGCGGGGGGGGGGGUUCAAUCCAGCGAGGAGCGUAAUCCACGCGGCAUUUCUUUUUGCUCCCCGUUGCCUUUCCUCUCCUUCCAUCAGCUCUUUUCGUUCCGCCCGAGGGGAAGGUGCUUCGGGUGGCUGGCUUAGGUAGCACGCGCGCACAGGUGGCGGAUCGGGGCUCCCUCCCUUCGUUUGGCGACCCAGAUCAGCAAACCUCCGGCGCGGUUCGGAAAUGGCUACUCUGCUCCGGAAGAUUGGGCUCAUCCGAAUCCACAACAGGGACACGGAGGAUCCCAAGCACCACCACCACCAUCACCACCACCACCACCACCACCGCGGCAGCAUCCAGCAGGGCUCGUCGUUGCGGGGCAAAAGUAACCAGAAGAACAAGCAGCAGCAGCAGCAGUCGCAAGGCACGCCGGCCAGCGGCUGUGGGAGCCCCAGCAAAGAGAGCUGCAGCAGCAGAGGCAAUAGCCCGGCACGCAACAAGCCCAAGAAGGUGCUGGAACUGGCAAAGCAGCAACACGCGGGCCUCGACGGCGCGAAGGAGAAAGCGCAGCAGCAGCAGCAGCAGCAGCAGGGCAAAGAGGCGGGCUCGGCCAAGGAGCAGCCGUCGGGGGGCAGUAGCAGCGGCAGCCGCUCCAGCUCGGCCUUGGUCCCCUCGUCGCUGGUGCCGGUGAGCCGGCAGGCACACUGCACGCAAGUGCGCACCCGACGGCUGAUGAAGGAGCUGCAGGACAUCGCCCGCCUGAGUGACCGCUUCAUCUCGGUGGAGCUGGUGGACGAGAGCCUCUACGACUGGAACGUGAAGCUGCACCAGGUGGACAAGGACUCGGUGCUGUGGCAGGACAUGAAGGAGACCAACACCGAGUACAUCCUCCUCAACCUCACCUUUCCGGACAACUUCCCCUUUGCACCGCCUUUCAUGCGGGUGCUCAGCCCACGCCUAGAGAACGGCUACGUCCUCGACGGCGGAGCCAUCUGCAUGGAGCUGCUCACGCCCAGAGGCUGGUCCAGUGCGUACACCGUCGAGGCUGUCAUGCGCCAGUUUGCUGCCAGCCUUGUCAAAGGCCAGGGCCGCAUCUGCAGAAAAGCUGGAAAAUCAAAAAAGUCCUUCAGCCGUAAGGAAGCCGAAGCAACUUUUAAGAGCUUGGUGAAGACCCACGAAAAAUAUGGGUGGGUCACUCCACCUGUGUCUGAUGGCUGAUGCUACGUGCAACCCACACAUCAGACGCUAUACAAAACAACACCACAACAACAACAAAAAUGAAGUACUCUUUGACAUUUCCUCAAUGCUGUAUACCACAUCCAUCCUUUUUCUACUUCAGCUUCUGUUAGAUAUCAUGAAUGUCAUGGAGACGUCCAAAUUAUUUAUGAACAGAUCUGUUUACAAAGGGAGGGAGGGGAAAUGCUGUAUAAGAUUAUAUUUUGAAACUGGUGAAUGAUCAGUGGAUCAUCUUUAAGUCACUUUAGAGCAGAUGUCGAGAUUGUAUCACUCGCCCCCACCCGACCCCCCUGCCGUAAUCCUCCAUCUGAGCCACAUUGCCGCCUGCUUUUCCUCAUGGCACAGCAACACCAACCAGCAGUACUGGAAAUUCCAUCCAUUGUUGCUUAGUCCAUUUAAAUGUAAAAUGAAGCAGUUAAUAUUUAAAUAGGGAAACAGUGCAUUGCAGAUCCAUGUUUGCUGUGCUGUUUUUAAUCUAUGUUUUCAAGCAGGACAACCUAACUUGAAGGUGUGUUUUUUUCUGUGGAGCUGUGGUCUGCUGUGGCUAAAUUUUAGACCUCAUUUGUGCUCUGUAAUAUUUAAAAAAUGGAUUCUAGCAAAGAUGCAAGCACUAGUGUUUGGGCGGGGGGCGGGGGGGAGCACCCAGUUGGUCAAAAUGUGCUAGCUGUGGUGAUAUUGUGGUGUGCUGCUGUUCACCGAUAAAAGUCAAUGUGAUCACAUGAAGGUCAGGUGACGGAAGGCUUUGGGUACCAGAUGAACCUAUGCCAAGGGGCUGCAAGAGGUUGGUAGCCAAAUACUUCUUAUCUUCCUAGUAGGAUGAGGUACUUUUAGGUCAGCAAAUUUACCUAUCCACUUCUGCAAGAGCCAAACAAAAAGAUGAAAUGCAGAAUAGUUAACCUUAAAUGUGUGGUACUCGAUUUGAAAUGAUGGACCAGUUACAAAAGCUACGUCAGAUUUUUAGAAACUGAGGCAUUUCUAUGACUAUUUGCAUGCCUGGAUCCCCCACCCACCCGCCAACAUGAUAGACAAGUAUGUUGAGCCCAAUGUCAGAGAGAAUCAGCUAAUAUAUAAAUGUCCAGCAGGGUCACGAAGGAUUCAUAUUCCCUCUUCUAUUAAACAAGAUUUUUAAGACUUCAUAUAAUGUUCCUAAAAAUACAAAGGGUGAGUUUGAAAUGUGAAACCCAAAUGGAGAGAAUCAUGUUGGACACAUUCUGAAUAAAAUCAACCGAACCAUU